AUGGUUGUCUCCAUCUCGCCCAAACUGCUCAUCAACGGAGAGCUCGUCGAAGCUUCCGACAAGAACACGUUCCCGCUCUACAACCCGGCCACGCGCGACAAGGUCGCCGACGUGCCCGAGGCCAGCGAGCAGGAUGCCAACGCCGCCGUCGCCGCAGCCAAGGCCGCGUUCCCUGCGUGGUCGGCCCUGGACCCCUCGGCCCGCGCGGCGCCCUUCCGCAAGCUGGCAGAACUGCUGCGCCAGCACUCGAGCGAGCUGGCCGAGCUCGAGGCCGUGUCCAUGGGCCGGCCGGUCGCGGCGUACUUUGACGCGUUUGCGGCGGCGGGCAACUUUGAGCACUACGCCGAGGCGUGGCCGCACAUCCAGGGCCAGUCGAGCCUCAACACGCCCGGCUACGUGACGCUGACGCUGCGGCAGCCCGUGGGCGUCGUGGCGGCCAUCAUCCCGUGGAACGUGCCGCUGCUGUUUUUGUCGAGCAAGGCGGCGCCCGCGCUGAUUGCCGGCAACACGGUCGUGCUCAAGUCGAGUGAGAAGGCGCCGCUGACGUCGGCGCGCGUGGCGGCGCUGGUCGUCGAGGCGGGCUUCCCGCCGGGCGUCUUCAACAUUUUGUCGGGCCACGGCCUGCCGAGCGGCGCCGUGCUGGCGCGGCACAUGGACGUGCGCGCGCUGUCGUUUACGGGCAGCGGCCGCACCGGCCGCCUGAUCCAGGAAAUGGCCGCGCAGAGCAACCUCAAAAAGGUCACGCUCGAGCUCGGCGGCAAGUCGCCCGCGCUCGUCUUUGCCGACGCCGACAUGGACAAGGCCGUCGAGGAGACGGUCAACAGCAUCCAGUGGAACUCGGGCCAGGUCUGCAUGGCCAACUCGCGCAUCUACGUCGAGGCCGCCGCCGCGCCCGCUUUCCAGGAGGCCUUUGCCCGCCGCUUCCAGGCCGUCACCGCUGGCAACCCGCUCGACAAGGCCGUCAACCACGGGCCCCAGGCCGACGAGGUGCAGUACAAGUCCGUGCUGGCCUACAUCGAGGAGGGCAAGACCGAGGGCGGCCGCCUCGCGCUCGGCGGCAAGGGCAGCCUCGACACGACGGGCGGCUACUUUGUCGAGCCCACCGUCUUCGUCGACACGCCCGACGCGGCGCGCAUCAUGAAGGAGGAGGUCUUUGGCCCCGUCGUGCUCAUCAACACGUUUGCGACCGAGGACGAGGCCGUCGCGCGCGCCAACGACACCGAGUACGGCCUCUACGCCAGCGUCUACACAAAGGACAUUGACCGCGCCCUGCGCAUCGCCAAGGCGCUCGAGAGCGGCUACGUCGGCGUCAACUGCACCAGCCCGGCCACCGCCCGCGACCUGCCCUUUGGCGGCUACAAGAUGUCUGGCCAGGGCCGCGAGGGCUGGCUGCACAGCCUCGACAACUUUUUGGAGACCAAGAGUGUCAUUAUCAAGGUGGCGAAGCUGUAG